AGAUUUUUUUUUUCUGGGACACAAGGGCCGGGAUACAAAAUAGAAAGAAGUCGUACCAGGACGGAGUGUACGGAACGACGUGCCCAAUCCCGCCGGGGAAGAACUACACCUACGCCCUUCAGGUUAAAGAUCAAAUCGGAAGUUUCUAUUACUUUCCUUCCCUCGGAUUUCACAAAGCCGCCGGCGGAUUCGGGGGCAUCCGUAUCUCCAGCCGCCCAUUGAUCCCCCUCCCCUUCCCUCCUCCCGCCGAUGAUUACACUGUUCUCAUCGGCGAUUGGUUCACUACCAACCACAAGGCAUUGAGAGCACAGCUCGAUAACGGCGGGAAGCUUCCUCUUCCCGAUGGGAUUCUCAUCAAUGGCCGCAGCAGUGGUGCCAUACUCAACAUUCAAUCAGGUAAUACGUAUAGGCUGAGAAUAUCAAAUGUAGGAUUACAGAACUCCCUCAACUUCCGCAUCCAAAUCCACAUGAUGAUGCUGGUUGAGGACGAAGGGACACACACCAUUCAGACUUCAUUCUCCCAGCGGACACCCCUUUGAAACUUACUGACUACUUCAAAAUACACGGUGUAUACAAGCUUGGAAGCAUAUCUGACCAUCCCCUGAACAGAGCAAUUUUCCCAGUCACAUCUGUCUUGCAGGCUGAUUACAAAGCCUUUAUGGAGAUAGUUUUCGAGAACUGGGAUAAUAUUGUCCAAACCCACAAGGUUCAUAUCACUAUGACGCAGAGAAUGGAUCAAAUUCUAUUUCAGAGAAUUCAUUUGAAAAGGUGUAUGAACCAUGCAUCUUUUCAGUUCAUUGCAACAAGAUGCCUAUCUUUUUUAGUGGUAGAUACUUUAAAUACUCCAGAAAUGUUAGUCAAUCACGAUGGAUUAUUGAUGAUGAAAGAAUGGGCGAAGCGUCUGUUGAGGAGAUACUUGGUGGAAACAUUCUUCCAGCAUGCCUUGGGGAUUCCUACAAGUUCCAUGCUGCUGGCAGAGAAGAUUUUGAUGUACGGAUGUUGGGUUCAGGUAGACCUUUCUUGAUUUGAAUGGUUUUAUGGUGAUAUUCCCUAAGAUUAAGAUUAGACACGUUAGCAUGUUAAUUAAUAUCCAACCAAUCCUUAUUUAAUUAUUUUCAACAUUAAAAUGUGGAAACAUAUAAUUAUAUAAAUGUUUUUCUUAGAAAGACAUUAGUCACA